GGCGAGCCCCCGUGGUCACGUGGCCGCGGCCUCCCCGCUCCAUCCGCGCUCCGCCAUGGCUGCGGCGGCUGCCGCCGGCUCCCUCCUCCUCCUCUGCCUGCUCGGCCUGGCGCUGCCCGGCGGCAGCACCGCGCUGCACACCAAGGGCUCCGUGCCCCUCGACUCCAUCACCUUCUUCAAGGUAGUUCCAAAGCAUAAAUUUGUCCUUGUGAAAUUUGAUACACAAUAUCCGUAUGGCGAGAAACAAGAUGAGUUUAAAAAGCUGGCAGAGAGCUCAGGCUCCAGUGAUGAUCUUCUGGUGGCUGAAGUGGGAAUAUCAGAUUAUGGUGAUAAACUGAACACUGAGCUGGGAGAAAAGUACAAGCUGGAUAAGGAGAAAUUUCCAGUUUUUUACUUGUUCCAGGAUGGUGACUUCGACAAUCCCUUACCUUACAGUGGCCACAUCAAGGCCGGGGCUAUUCAGCGCUGGCUGAAGAGUAACGGCAUCUAUCUGGGGAUGCCAGGCUGCCUGAAAGAGUACGACAUGCUGGCCAGCAAGUUUGUGAGCACCACUGAGAAAUCAGAACGCCAGUCCCUCCUGAAGAAGGGGCAAGAGAGUUUAGAAAAAACAAAGGAAACUGAGAAGAAGUCAGCUGAGCAGUACUUGAAAAUUAUGAGCAAGAUACUGGAGCAGGGAGAGGAGUUUGCUGCUAAUGAAGUCGUCCGAAUCACAAAACUGAUUGAGAAGAACAAAAUGAGUGAUGGAAAAAAGGAAGAGCUCCAGAAGAGCCUCAAUAUCCUUGCUUCUUUCAUGAAGAAGAAUAAUGAAAAAGAUGAGCUCUAAUAUGUUGGAGAACUUUGUACAAGCUGUGAAACACUGUCAAGAGUCCUAACCAGUUCUCCUUAUGCAAACAAACUUCCCGCUGACUUCAAGAGAGCAGCAGAUUUCCUUCUGGUAUUCUCAGUUUAGAAGACAAAGAGGAAGACAUUCCUUAAAAACACAGUAUUCUAAAUGUUGGAAAAACCACCUCAAAGCAAGACACCAGUGUUGUAUAAUACUAUUCAAUAACAGUGUUAAAGUAGACAGAAAAAAAAAAAAAAAACAAGCACUAGAUUGGCCUGAAGCACAUUCCUGGUGGUUUUUACAGCCGUUCCCUGGCAAACAAACAACAAAAUUCACUCUUGCAUUCCAUCCUACAUGUUGUAAAAGGUACAGAUAGGGUGCCCCUCACAUCCCUGCCUUUCCCUGUUCUUAGUGUUCUUGGGUUUUAUGCUCAUUAAUCUACCCCUCCUCCUAGCUUUUGUUUUACCAAUAGGGCUCCUUCUCUGAGUCUUGUUCUCCUUACCUGUUGUUGACUAAGAGACAUGGAGUUUCGGUUUUCUGCCUUCUUCAGUGGCUCCUGUCUCUGUUUGGCUUGGGUAUUGGCCAAAUGCUGGGAGGCAUAGUGAAGACAGGUCCUCCACGUAUCAGAACUUGUCCCUCAUCUUCUGUCUGGAGCAGCCAUUUCAGCAAACGUUCUCCUGAAAUCUUUUGUGGUACCCUGACAGAGCGAGAGAUUUAUGUUCUGAGCAAGGGCAGAGUCUUCCUCAGGUGCUAUUACACUUAGUGUUACCAGUUUGUGCAAAAACCUGUUUUUUCAGAGGUAAAGUUGGGUGAGUUCUCAUGGUUGAAGAGCACAUGCAGCGCCUGUGCAUUUUGCCUGUCCUUCUCAUUCAAGCUUCAUUUUCCAGGUUUAAAAUAAGGGGGAAGGUGAGACCAGUAAGGACAUCUGAAAGUGUCAAGCCAUAGUUAAGAUGAACAAAAGAUUUUCUCCAGCAUCUUCUUAAGAAGCAACUGACACUGUCAAGCUAAAUCUUCAUCAGCAUUUGGUAGUUUUAAGUAUUUGAAAAUGAGGUCUUAUAACAGGAAGCACAAGUAUUUGUGCCCCUAGAAGUUCCAUCUGUGCAAUUUAGAGAUACCUGGCCCAGAGAUCAGCUCAGUCCUCAAAACUUGAUGCUGCAUGUGCUGUUCACGAUGUGUGGAAUUCAAAUGCUGUACAUCUGACCAGGGUUAUAGAGUUGAAAAGAAAAACACCUGAAUGUUUUACCUUAAGACAAUGCUUUAAGCUAAGCAAAACUGGUUUCUGUGGGAGCUUUGCUGCCUUUUGAAUCCUGGCGUGGGUACAAGGAGCAGAUACUGCUGCGAGAUAAAAUGUAUUAAUAAUGCUAUAAUAAAAAAAAAUAAGUGGUUCCAGUUAAA